ACCACCGCCAUAUAUUAGAGCCCUAGCUUUUUCUCUCUAUCCUCUCUCUUUCCGUGUGUCUCGCUUCGUCAGUAGGGUUUUUGUCAUCGUUCCAUCGCUGAGCAAUGAGGCAAGGAGCAAAGAUUUCCAGAGCAGGUCGCAAAGUUGCUGUUGCGGAGAUUCAGAACGAUGCCCGAGCGACCAUACCUCAGGAAGAGCCUGAGUACUUUGAGGAAAAGCGUAAUCUGCAAGAUUUGUGGAAGGCUGCAUUCCCAGUGGGAACUGAGUUUGCAAAUUUAGAUAGAGUUUAUGAAUUCAACUGGGAUUUCAAACAUCUCGAAGAAGCAUUAGAGGAAGGAGGAAUGCUCUAUGGGAAGAAAGUCUAUAUUUUUGGCAUUGCGGAAACUCUGUGGAGUUCCAAGAUGGACUUUGUCCCCACAGUUGUUGCCAUUGAAUCACCCGAUCCGCCUUCUGAUAAGAUAGGAGUCACAUCGGUUCAGAGAGGAGAGGAAAUCGUUCCGAUGAAGCAGAUGAAAAUGGACUGGGUUCCUUACAUUUCCUUUGAGAAAAGAGACAGACAAGUUGAUAGGAUGAACUUUCAGAUUUUUACCUUGGUCUGUACUCAGAGGAGAUCUGCUCUCAAACAUUUGAAGGAAGAUCGUGUUAAGGAGUUCGACUAUUGCGUUCCUUAUUUCUAUAAUCCAUUUAGGGAAGAUGAAUUUGAACAGAGGACUCUGGUCCAUAUAGUUUUCCCCUCUGAACCGCCGGUUAUGGAUAAAUUUGACUGGGAGUUUGAGACACUUGAGGAAUUUACUGAUGACCUGAUUGAACAUGGAAAAUUAUCUGCGGAACAAAAGGAUGAAUUCAAAGAAUUUGUCAAAGAGCAAGUUCGAGCUGCAAGGAAAGCUAGGCGAGAGGCAAGAGAUGCUCGAUUGAGAGUAAUAGAAGAAAUGAGCGAAGAUGAUAAGCAAGCCUUUCACAGAAUCAAGUUCUACAAAUUCUACCCCCAGGCUUCACCAGACAUCCCUAUGAACAUAAUCAAGACGCCCUUCAUUAACAGAUACUACGGGAAUGCUCAUCAAGUCCUUUGAUAUGGAAUCUUCAGGAUCCUGAAUAGCUUUUCUUGGCAGCUUCCAACAGUUCUCUCAGAAACUCUUUGAGCUUUUUUAGUUAAAAAAAAAAGACAAGUUGCUAUCCUCUCUGUUUGUGUAUCCUCUUAUUUACAUGAGUUUCUAGGACUAGAGCUUUGUGCAAUUGCAUAAUGUUCUUGACAAAAUGUAAUAGCUUUAAGCAUCUUUUUAUGGGAGCGAAAUACAAUAAAAGCAAAUCCAUUGCCAC